CAGCGGGACGGCAGCCGCCGCCUCUGCCCGCCCCGCCCCGUCACAUCGGAGUCCUCAGCAGGGCUCAGGAGACUUCACAGCCGAGUCACAGCGGCCUGGAAGUGCUGGGGAUGAAGCUGCGGGUCGCCUGCCUCCUGUGGCUGCUGCUCGUCUGCCUGACCCUGCCCGCCAGCCACGGCCGCGUCCGUGAGCGCUCCAUGGAAAUCAGGAGUAAGGAGAACAUGAACCCGGACAUCGACCCCUCGUGGUACACGGGCCGCGGGAUCCGGCCGGUGGGGCGCUUCGGGAGGCGGCAAGCCCAGGGCGGGGGCGGCGGGCCCGGGCAGCGGGGCUGCGCCGCCCCCCGCCCGCCCCGGCUGCGGCUGAGCCCCUGA